AGCUGGUAAAAGCUGCAGAAGCAGAGUAGGCUGAGGUAUAUUCUAGGGAGGAAUGUACAUUUUGGAUGACAUCCUGCACUGCAGUGUGUAUGACACUUGGACGAGAAAAAACUGCAGGACCUUUCCAAGGACAAAAGAAUGAAGCUGUGCAUGGACAUAACGCAUGAGGUCCAGGGGAUUGAACAUGCAGAGCUGGAUUACGAUAGAGUUCUGGUCCAGGCAUAAAAAAGCCUCCGUUGUGCUGAAGAAGUAUGGGAAUCUCGGCCUCACAAGCUGUCUACAUUGUUUUUGAAGUGCUGAUCGCCUUGGUAUCUGUGCUUGGGAAUAUACUGGUGAUCUGGGCAGUGAUUGUUAACCAAGCCUUAAGAGAUACAACAUUCUUAUUCAUUGUGUCCCUGGCUGUAGCUGAUAUUGCAGUAGGGGCUCUUGUGAUACCACUUGCCAUCAUAAUUAGCAUUGGACUAGAAGCAGAAUUUUACAGUUGUUUAAUUGGUGCCUGCGUUGUUCUUAUAUUAACUCAGAGUUCUAUAUUGGCAUUGCUGGCUAUUGCAGUGGACAGGUAUCUUAGAGUCAAGAUCCCAACAAGUUACAAGAGCUUCGUUACCGCAAGAAGAGCAUGGCUGGCAAUUAUAGGAUGUUGGGUACUUUCUUUCAUUGUUGGCUUGGUUCCCAUGUUUGGAUGGAACAACAUACACAACCAUACGAAAGGACUUAAUUCCAGCUCUGGUGAUCUAAUUAUAAAAUGCCAGUUUGAAACUGUAAUUAGCAUGGAAUACAUGGUCUACUUUAACUUCUUUGUAUGGGUUCUUCCUCCACUCUUAUUAAUGUUAAUAAUUUAUUUGGAAGUGUUUAACUUGAUACAAAGGCAGCUUAACAAAAAAGUAUCUUCAAGUUCUAAAGAUCCACACAAGUACUACGGAAAAGAACUGAAAAUUGCCAAAUCCUUAGCUUUAAUCCUUUUAUUAUUUGCUUUAAGCUGGCUGCCACUUCACACACUAAACUCCAUUACUUUGUUCUGCGAUACUUGCCAAACACCGGAGAUUAUUACGUAUAUCGCCAUCAUCUUAACCCAUGGGAAUUCUGCCAUGAACCCUAUUGUAUAUGCAUUCCGGAUUGAGAAAUUCCAGUCCACAUUUUUGUACAUUUGGAAAAAAUAUUUCUGCUGCAAAACUGGGAGAGCACUUAAUAAUGCAAAUAAUACAAUAAUCGAGAGAUCAUGUUCCAAACAUGUCAUCUGAUACAUGAAAUGUACAUCUUGUUUUGUAAUGUAGAUUAUCCAGAUUAAAGGGACACUGAACCCAAAUUUUUUCUUUCAUGAUUCAGAUAGAACAUGCAAUUUUAAGCAACUUUCUAAUUUACUCCUAGUAUCAAUGUUUCUUCAUUCUCUUGUUAUCUUUAUUUGAAAAGCAAGAAUGUAAGUUUAGAAGCCAGCCCAUUUUUGGUUCACGACCUGGUUUGUUCUUGCUGAUUGGUGGCUAAAUGUCAGCCACCGUUAAACACAAAAACUGUCUGGCUCCUUCGCUUAGAUGCCUUUUUCAAAUAAAGAUAGCA